AUGACCUGCUUUUUUGUAUUUGUUAAGAGGUCAAUCCUGACACGCGGGACAAUUUUGAUCCCCGUGCCUCUUCUUAUCUUUCCCAGCACAGCACCUGCCAACACUGAAGUAUCGCCUUCAGGCGAAGUGGAAGAAGACGAAUCGGAUGCCAUAAAGAGGGUUUUGUCACGGCUCACUGGUGGGGAGGAUUCAAGUGAUGCCACACUGACGGCAGCUUCCUCGGAACGCGAUGAAGGAACGCAGUCACCCGAAGACCCCAGCCUCUUCUCAAGCCAACUGAACCAGGGCAGGCGAAUCGACUUUGUGCUUCAGGAGGGCCCCCUGGAGAGCCUGAAUGACUACCUGUUUGCUCUGUCAAGUCACGCUGUAUAUUGGGAGUCUCAGGACUGUGUCCUCUUCAUACUCACCGAACUCUUUCGCGGCCCACAUCGGCCAGCUUUUCCGACCAUGUCUUCAUCGUUCUCCGCGCCAACAAAAAUAUCCCCUGACAUGGUGUCCACGUUAGAGGGUGCUCUCAUGGAUCAACCUACAUCCUUGGACAACGGAAGUCAAUCCCUUCUCCGCUCCACAGACCCUCCUUUGGCCAACUUAGAUGCUGCCUUGGCACCG